CAUAAUCAAAUGCAAACAGAGCUGACAAACCGAGGAGAUGAGGGCCGGUUCCGGAGUGAAGAAAGAACCACGCAUUCAGAUUUGGAUAUAAAAGCUACAGAUGUGUGGCGUCCCGACUCGUCCGCUGCAAUGGACGAGAAAGACUCAGACCGUCACCAAGAUGCCAACAUGACUCAAACCAAGGAAACGUUCAACAUUUUAACUGAACCGCAAACCUGUUCAUCUAAUGAUCAAACUGAUGCCACCAAACCGAAUCAGGGAGGAAUCUCUUUAGUGUUUACAACAGGGGGAAACACGGCGGUGACCAGAGAAGACGGUUUAGCCCCUUUUCAAGCCGUGCGUCCAGAAAGCCCAGAUGUUUUAGGAACCAGUGUGCCUUCCUCAGCUUCAGCAGACAUUAACCCUCAGACUUCAGUUGAGUCAAAGGAUGAUUAUGGUGCUCAGAGCAGAUUACGCUUAACACUUUCUGGGAAUAUUGCAGAGACGUUCACAUCCAGCUCCCUAAAGACUGAAGCACUGCAGAGAGACUGUCCAUCAGCCCUGGUGUUAAAACUGUCUGAUUCAGACAAUCCCAUCAAAAUCAAUAAAACACCUAGUGUCGCAUCCCUAAAGGAAACAACUGAAGCAACCAUUCCUACUGUUACCAGAGAGUCCGAGCUUCUCCCAUCACAAUCAGAAAGGCUUGAUGCCUUAAAAGAAACACAUUUUGAGAGCACAACAAAAGUAUUUACAGCUGAACCUGAGACGGAGGGUGAAAAAACGCAACAACUGGAAAACACUGGUGACCGAAAUCCAGAUGUACUCCGGAAUAAUCGGGAAAAAGAGAUCACUGAAUUCGCAGAGAAGGCAGGUAGAUUCUCCACAGCGACGGCAUUAAAAACCUGUGUAAAAGCUGCACAAUCCGACCCUUUCAUGGCGGAUACUGACGCUGGAGAACAAGACAGGCGAGUGGGCAGAGAUCCAGAUAAAGUGUUCACCAUAGUGUUGGACCUGCAGCCGUGGGGCGCACAACAAAGUGGGUACGUUGGAGCCGGCAGGGCAGAUGGUUUCAGGUGGUCACCAGAAGCAAAGUCAGAAGAAAUUCCAAACCCGGGAUUUCCUGAGAAGAAAUCAAGAAUUUCCCCCGCUUCAGGCAGCCCUGGGUCUCAUGGGGAAGAACUGGACUCUGUACCAACUCCCUUGGCCUUAGCAGACGGCGGACAGAAAGGUUCAAGCAGCCAGCUAGAAAGCAAAGAGAAUCAAACACAUGAAAUAAAGAAAAACGAGGCACCGACUCUGUCUAAAUCCUCCAAACGUGAGCCCUGCGAUGAGCGUUCAGCCGAAACCACAUUACCAGUCAGCAAAACGGAGGCGACCCCCUGUCAGCCCGGGGGGACAGCUGAGAGCCCUGUCCUUGGCUCUGCCAAAGACUGGGUGCCGAACCGAGACGAAACCGAAACUGAAAUGCUAAUUGAUGCAACCGUCAAGCAACCGACAACUGCUGACACGGCCACGAGCGCAGGUGCCCCAGGUGAGGGGGCGGCACGAGGAGGAGCUGAUGGUUUUCAAUGCGCAGACGGGAAGCACUGCCCGGUACCAGCAGAACAAGAAAGUACUUCACCGCAGAACGAAGAAAGCAAAUGGGAACAGAGCGGAGUGCUGAAGGAAAUAGUGUUGCCACUGGUAAAGCCUCAGAACCCAGAAAGCAUGGAGCCCGAGAGGACCCCGCCGGCGUUCCUCUGUGGUCCUGGUGCUGGAGAGACGACAGGUGGAUCACCAGGAUCCCACGGCUACAGGUCCACCUUGCUGGAGAGUUUAUCUGACACUCAAGGCUCAGUGGAGCAAAGUAACAUUAUAUGGAGAAAACCCCAUGUGGACCUUAAAGGUUACCUGACGUUCUCUCCUGGCGAUGCAGACAUCCGAUUAGCACGAACAGUCCAGCAUGUUUUGGCCUGCCGAUAUCAACCAGCUCGACUCGAUGCCGCCGCUAUGGCCAAACAGUUGGAGGAAGCGCGGGAACACUUGCGAUCCGUGCAGGAGCAAGUGGCUGCUGUUAAAAGCAGCGCGACAAAAACUCCAGACCCAAAGGCUUUGGAAAGAGCCGAGGGAGAAUGGAGCUCCGUCCUGCUGGAUGCUUCGGCCACCGUGCAGGUCAAAGCAGCUCAGCUGGACCAGGUCAAGAAAUAUCACCUGCAGAAGAAGAUCACCAGGGCUUUCCUUGAGGUCAUAGCUGUGGAGAAGGAAAAAAUGAGCCUAAAUGUUUUGGGAAGCAGCUUCCUUCAAAUUGAAAAACUGAACGCUCUCCUGCAAACCAUGGAGCAGAAGGAAUCGAUGAUAGAAGACUUGCUCUGCCUGAGCAGCCAGUUGUCGGUCCACCUGAGUGACGAGGAGAGUUCAGGCGUUCUCCCUGCCCAGCUGGCGGAGAUCCAGGAGGAAUGGAGGCUCCUUAAAGGAAGCAUCCAAAGAGCUCAUCGACAGGCGUCUAAUUCCACACGUCAAUCAAAACUUAUUCUGAGAGAGGCUGGACAGCUUAAAGCCAAUCUUGACGCUCUUUUGAAAUUUGAAACUGACAAUCUGAGCCCUUUAGACGUAGUUUGUCUGAGAGCAGACCUAAAAGGUUACUACCUGCUCUACUACAGUUGCAGUCUCAGGCGGAUGCCCUCAUCCGUUUCCUCUGGGUCAGAAGGAAAAAGCUGCGAUUGA